GCCAACUUCUCUCCCUUAUAAAUUAUCCCUACAAUCCACAUUCAUUCAUAUCCCACUUCACUUCAAUUCCUAAUUAGCUAUCUAUAGCCAUGGCUAACUCUUAUGUCCUUGCAAUUAGCAUCCUAUGCUUCCUUGUCCUUACAACCGGCGGUUCUGCUUAUAGGCAAAGGCCUCAACAACAAGCUGGCCAACAACAGCAAAUGCAGUGUCGCAUCCAAAGCCUUAACCCUCUUGAGCCUGCCAGGCGCCUCCAACACGAAGCUGGUUACACCGAUGUUUGGGACCAGACCUCUGACCAGAUUCAGUGUGCCGGUGUGGCUGCAUCACGCCAUCUUAUCCAGCAAGGAGGCCUCCUCUUACCUACUUUCAGCAAUGCCCCUUUGCUAGCCUAUGUUGUACAAGGUAGAGGAAUUGUUGGCACCAUAAAUCCAGGCUGCGCAGAGACGUUUCAAUCGAGCGAACUAAUUGAAGUUGGAGGACGAUUUGGCUCUCAAAAGUUUAGGGAUCAACACCAGAAGAUCCACCGUUGCCGAAAAGGAGACAUCGUUGCCUUCCAAGUCGGUGUAGCUCACUGGGUUCAUAACGACGGUAACGAAGACCUUGAACUCAUGGUAGUCCACGAUACCAACAACGUCGACAACCAGCUCGACCAGAACCUCAGGAGAUUUUUCCUUGCCGGUAGCCCGCAAGAGGCAGAAAAGCAACAGAGGGGCCAGCACAAGGAGAUCUUUUCAGGCAACCUUUUUCAGGGAUUUGAGACCGAGGUCUUGGCGGAAUCCUUCAAUGUGGACAUGGAGACAGCCGCAAGACUACAAGGCCAGGAUGAUAACAGGGGAUUCAUUGUUAAGGUAGGGAAGGAAUUUGAAAUGCAAAGACCAUCAGGGUACGAGGACCCAAGAAGCAACGGAUUCGAGGAAACCGCCUGCACAAUGAGGAUCAGAGAGAAUAUCGACGAUCCAGAGAGAGCAGAUCUUUACACUGCUCAGGGCGGACGUAUUAGUACUCUCAACAGCUAUAACCUUCCAAUUUUGAAGCAAAUUCAAUUGAGCGCAGAGAGAGGUGUUCUUUACGAGAAUGCAAUGGUGGUGCCACAAUGGAGCAAUAACGCCCACAACAUCAUCUACAUAUUGCGUGGAUCUGGACGUAUCCAAGUAGUGAGUCACUCUAACAGGGCCGUCUUCAAUGGCGAGGUUCGCCAAGGACAGCUGCUAGUCGUGCCACAGAACUUCGCGGAGGUGAAGCAGGCGGGAAGCCAGGGAUUGGAGUGGGUGUCAUUCAAGACGAAUGACAGAGCAGUGUCCAGUCCGUUGGCGGGAAGGACGUCGGUGAUCCGGGCAAUGCCGGAAGAAGUGGUGAUGAGCGCUUUCCGGGUGUCGAGAGACGAGGCACGCAAGCUAAAAUACAAUAGACAGGAAGUGAGGAUCUUCCCGCAGUCAAAGAGACAAUUGGAGAGGGCUUGA